GCACUGAGAAAGAUGGCGGAGCCAGUAGGUCGCUUACAACUGGCUGAUACUUAACUACUUGGAAAGAAAAAUUGUUUUUCUGUAGUUUAGUACACCAGAACGGAUAAAAGCCAAUUUAAGCUUCACGCCAAGCUCAUAUCUUCAGGGAAGAAUUUGCAGAUUCUCUUUCAUGGCAAGGCGCAGGUGGUAACAUUGCUGUGUUUAGGAUCUAGCCUUGAAAGGAAACUCGCUUCUAGACUACUUGUGCACUCCUUAGUGGUAAGUUUGUCCUCAAAAGUAUGCUGUUACAGAUAGUUUUUAAAAAAAUUAUGUAGUGAUUCAUUUGAAUGGUUUUUUCUUAUGGAUUUUAUCUUACAGUUGAUAAGAUUCGAAAACAAGAAAGUAAAGGAGAGGUAACAUUUGAAUUUUUUCGUCCCAGUUUAGAUUAUGGGAGGGUAACUUGAUGCAUAUAUUUUCUCUUUCGUCAUUGUCAUAUUUAAGAUCGCAUGUAUUCUUUGAUUUCAAGGACAGAUUUGGAAACAGAUCUAGCUCAAUCUUCUAAGAAUAUCACUACUGAACUAUGCGUAAUUAGCAUAACGGAGCGACGCCGCUCAACACUAUAUUCUUGCACCGCUAAGGACAAAAAUUUUCUCAUUGGUACAAAGAAUCAGACUUUAAUAACCUUCAUUGCAUUUUAUUCGGUAAAAUGGUAUUGCUCACAGUCCUAUGUUACUGUGCAAGCAAUUUUCGCAAAGGAAGCCAAGCUUAAAAUGCGGCUUUAACCUAUAAAGAAGUUCAAGAACAAUGAUUUCUACCUGAAAUGUUAAUGACUCCUCUUUAUCGUAACUGCAACAUUAACCAGCAUCAUGAACGGAGAAAAAAAAUGUUAGUGUUUUUGACUAGAAAAUCAUACGAUCAACUCAACUCAACUUGCAGCUUUGAAUACUGUUUGAACUGGCACCAAGUGUUAGCAUGACAGUAAGCUUAUGUAUUUAGAAACAAACAAACGGGCGCUUUUAUUAUUCAGUGGCAAUUAAUGGCGCCAAGGCGUUUCGAUUUCAUAAGUCGGUUUAAUGCAACAUCAGACACUGUUUCUUGACCAACGAUAAUUGAAUUGGUGGCCACUUCCCCCGCAUUGAAACGAUUACAAGUAAUUCACCUACUACAUUUGAUGGCUCAGUAAAUUACCCUGCGAGCGGAGGUUUCUCUCUCGCAUGGCUUUUAGUGUUUACUAAGUCGUUCGCGUGGCUUGUCUGUCGCGUAGUUGGUUUGUCCCCGUUCACGGGGAGUAAACAAACCAACUACGCCACUGACAAGCCACGCGAAUAACUUCGUAAACGCUAAAAGCCAUGCAAGAGAGAAACCUCUGCUCGCAGGGUACAGAAAAUAGGCCAUUUGCGAGUUUCAAAAUAUGUCGCUUUCAAAACAAGGCUACGUUCAAAACCGAGUUUGUGAAAAUGAAUAUUUUUGCAUAUUGAGAAUAAUAAAAAAAACAUUUUCAUAUCAAUAGCUUCGCACUUAGCCGGCAGUCAAACAGAGGCUAAUGGAGCAACUUUGAAAUUAUCUAUUUCAUGUUUGCCUAAUUUUCUCAAGUUUCACAAAAAUCACCGGUUUAGUUCAGUCCCUCUCAACCUCCUCAGCGAAUUUUCGAAUUUUGCAAAUUUUCCAAUUUUUCGCAAAUUUUGCAGGUUUCACAAAAAUCGCAUUAUUAGUUGGGGUCCUCUUAACCUCCCCUUUUACUGCUUUUCACUGAUUCAGUAAAUUUUCAAAUUUUUUGAAAAUGUUACAAUUUUUGCACUGCGUGCCCCGGGGGGGGCACUUGGGUAUUUUUUGGGUGGGUAUGUGCCGCCCGGGACUCCAAAUUGGCACCCCGUUCUAGAAAAAAUUUCCCCUAAAAUUGAUACCCCGUUCUAGAAAUAGGCCAAUUUUUUAUACCCCGUUCUAGAAUUCGCCCUAAAACUAACACCCCGUUCUAGAAAUGGGCCAAUUUUUUAUACUCCGUUCUAGGGUGCAACAAGAGUACAACGGUUUGCUUCUUAACGCACUGAACCGUAUUUUAAAAGCAAUCUGUCCUUGAAUGCUUUCAAAUGGCUACUUACAAAAGUGGAGAGCUUUCGUGCGUUCGAAAUAUUAUACCCCGUUCUAGAAACCGCGUCUGAAAUGGAUACCCCGUUCUAAACCAGGAGCUUCAAAAUCACGACCCCUUUGGGCGGCACAUACCCGUAUAGGUAAUGUAUGGGAGUACCCCCCCCGGGCUGCGUGCAAACCUGGACAUAUCUCAUCCGAUACAGAUAAACAUCUAUUGGAGGCACAUUUAUUAGAGUGACAGUCCUGAAGCAUUUAUUUGAGAGUGGAAGUCAUUAGAUCAUUUCACUACUGGCCAACUACGGUUAAUAAUACAGUCGACUCUCUCUUAACGGGCACCUCUAUAAGACGGACACCUCUGUAAAACGGACACCUAGAGUUGGUCCCUGCCUUUGUUUAUUCCCUUUAUUGACUCUUUAUAAGACGGACAUCUCUCUAAGACGGACACUUAGUGCCGGUCCCAAAGGUGUCCGUUUUGGAGAGAGUUGACUGUAUAGAUGCAAGGAAACUGGCUGUGUGUGUUCUUGUUGUUUACACCCCAAUAAAGCAAAGAGACAAACAGGAAGGCAAUGGUGAACCUUAAAAGAAGUAGGCAAGUUGACUUUUGUAAUAUUCAGGGGCACCCCACGUCAAUUUUCGGAAAAUAUCUGUUUGGAAGACGAUUUGAGAUCUACAAUUUUCGGAACAUUUGUUGUAAAAUUUCUUGCUUGCCUGCCUCUUCUAGGAUUUUCGAACAUCUAAUAAAAAAUGGUAUAAUUGCCCAUGUUUAACGGAUCUUUACCCUAAAAAGGUCACCUAGAAUUUUCGGGAGCCUUUUUUCUUGCUGAAAUUUUCGAAAAGAUAAGUUUUGAUCCCUUUAAUUUUCGGAUCACUAGACCUUCACUAGGAAAUCCGAACAGAUGAAAAUUUUUAGGGGAUAAAAGUAUGCCUAGGCCUAUAUCUACCGUUCAAAUACUACAAUACGGUUAACAAUGCUAUGUUUAAGUGGUUUUGAACUAUAUUCUCGUUGGGUGCCCCUGAAUAUUGUGUUUGACUAUUUAUUGCCAAAUCAGUGUCUACGGAAUCUACCUGGUGAAGUGCUCUUAAAAUCCUUUACCUUAAAAUACCAGGCCUAUAAGUCCAACAGGACUCUUUUGUUCAAAAGAUACAUAACCACUAUUCACUGGAUUAACUUCAGUGGGCAAUGUGAUAAAAUAUGUGGUAAAUAUGUUACAAUUUAUAGCAAGGACUUACAUUCCCCUUCAAUUCAUCAGUCAUGGCUGUCUCAUCCAAUCAUCCUGAGAGCAUUAAAGCAAGAAGGAGUCUGGACAAUUCAGAGGUCUAUUCUUUUCUCUUAUUUCUUUUAACAAAAAGCUAUAUUUUAUUCAUAUUAUACUAUGUUUUUGACAUGUCAGCUGUUGAUUGACAUGGUUGACAUGAUGACUAAUAUUAACCAUUAGUAAAAUCCAACUAGUGGUCUAUUGUCAAUGCUGCGUUCUGAUUGGUUGAGCUACCAGUGAGUACUAGGCUCUUAUUAUGUUAUAGCCCACUAGUAGCGAAAAGCGCCGGCUUUUUGGCGGCAAAAAGUCUUAAAGUCUAGCUUUAACUAGCUAAAGUUUUUUUGUCUCGAUAUUUUUGACCAACAAGUUAGAUUUUACUAAAACAAUUAUUCCUCUCGCCCUCAUGGCCUUUGACUCAAUAGCCCAUUCGUGCUUGAGGAAUAAUUGUUAAAUAUUUACCUCCUUAGGGAGUGGAUAACGCGUGAGCUCGGUGACCUUCCAAUUUUUGUAGACAAUGAUCUUCAGAAAUUCGACAAAAUCCUAGGGUUGAUGUUUGUUAAAAGGCAAGAAAAGACUUCGAACGAUUCAAAACAGCGUUUUCCCAUUUACUUUGGUUGAUUUUUUUUGCUCGAAGGAUGUUUACAACUACUGUUAAGUUUGUUCAAAGUAGCAUGAAGAGGCCGUUUUGAGAACUCAGUGUAUUUCCCACAAGAAAAAUUUUGCCCAAAAAUCGAAGUUUGUGGAAAUUCUACGUUUCUAUUAAAUAGGACAAAGAGUACUACAGGACUAACAACGCCUUACCUUGAGCAAACGAGCUGCCAUGACAGUACUUCAUGCGAAGAACGACCAAAAAAACCUUUUUCACUCACUAACUACAGAAAAUGACAAAGCUCCAUUUUUCUUCUCAUUCUUUCUUCUUUAAACUUUUAGCGGUGCCAUUUAAGCUAUAUUUGCAUUACGCUGUUGUAUGCGAAAUUAUAAACUUGCGAAUUGCCAUGUGCUCUGUCGGCUUGUUUUUCGAGUGGUCUUUAAUCGUCUAGGGGGCAGUACAAGGUGCAAUGAUUCCAACUCUUUUUUAGGAGCAGCCUGUUAACUUUUUGGAAUUAAAAUUUUGAAUGAAAAACGAGGGUAAUCUGAGCAAGUGAUCUCAUACUCCUGCAAAGAGCUUCAAACUUUAGUGCAAGUUUACAAAAAUGAUCAUUCACUCGGACCACCCUUCAAGUUCUUGUAUGCCCUGCAGUGGUAUAAAACAAGUGAUAAAUAAUUUUAUGCGCCAAAGUUUAUGAAUCCCCCAAUGAUUUUUCAUGCUGUUUCGCGUCUUAUUCAGCUACCGCAGUGAUGGAGGGUUGGAAUAAUUUUGGACCAACUUCCCUCCUUUUGCCGGUCUUUGUUUCUUAUAAUUACAUGUUCCUUCAUUCAAACAUUCAAACCGGGGGUGUGGUGUUGCAGAGGGUGUGAUUGCCAAAUCCCUACUGCAAAAGACUGAUAAGAUACCGAACCUGAAUGCAUAAGUGAAACCACAAGAAAACAUUGUUAAAAUUUAGUAUUUUUUGGUGGAUAAGACCCUAAAAAGAAGGGACACUAACUAAAAAUUGGACAGUUGUAUACAAAUUUAAGAAAACUCAUUUUCAAAGUGAUCAAUAUUUCUCGAAACAAAAGUACUGAAAGAACAAUGAAUGAUAUUCCUUGAUAAAAAGUAAUAAACAUUCACCACAACUAAACAAAAUCCAAUAAUUAAUUCAAUAGGACAUGACAAUUAUUUUGAAAUAAAAGUUAGCUUAAUUUCAAACCCGUUCCACCUUUAAGAAACAAGUUUAUUUUCUGCAACGCAACAUUCUUGCGUUCGAGAUACGAGAACGCAACCCCUCAUUUGUGUUGGGUAUUCUGUGUAUUAUUGCGUGUCCUAUGCAAUUAAUAAGAGAGGUUUUUUAGAGAUUUCAUUUGUGUCGACACACGUUUGCCUUGCUUUGAAGCGACUGCUUCCGUUUUGCCUCACUUUGACGCGCUCUGUGUUUGUUGAAUCUUCCAAAGCGUUCAAAAAAAUAAAAUAAGUAAAAAAUUUACUUUGGAUUAAGCCUUCAUGUUUUCAGUAUGGUUCGUCACUGUCUUUGGAAAAUGUGUGCGACUCCUGGUGCACGCAUCAAUGAAACCAGCCGUUGUGCCACAAAGUGAAUCCACUGAGUUUUGUAGCUUAGCGGCCGUUGCGCCACUAACUAAAUCUACCGAGUUGUGUAGCUUGGCGGCCGUUUUGUGUUGCUCGCCGGCCGUUGCGCUACAACGUGUGGCACAACGGCCGGCGAGCUAAAAUCUAGCGAGUGAAGCUCGGAGCGCCUUUUCAUCAUGACUUGUGAUAUUUUCGGCACCGGACAAACGAACAUUUAUGCUCCAUGGUCUUAGGUCUUUAAUAUCAACACAAGUUAAGAAGACUUGCUAGUAACGUUUUCGUUUUAUAGUAAAUUUCAGUAAUUGUCUACAAGUGGAAUUCCCAAUAAAUAAAAUUAAUGAUUACAUCUAAAACGUUGUCAACUGUUUGCUUUUUAACAGUAUCUGGCCCGGGUUGUUCGAAGCUGGUUAAACCCAGGGUUAGUGCAAAAUUUAAAUUCGGAUGUGACAGCUUAAAAAGUAAAUUCAGUUUAAUUCAUUUUGUCAACAGGUUGAUGAUUGGAUGCUCUUAAAAAUAACAGAGAAAAUUAUCCGAAGAGAUGGUUUUGAACAAAAGGCAAACAAACCCGGGUUAAGUGCUAAUCAGGCCUUCGAACAUCUGCGUCCUGUAGAACAUCUGUUGCGCGUUCUAUGUAUUUACACACCUGACACACUCUGGCCAGUGUCUCCUCAAAUUACAAGCACUUGAAACGAACCAUACGAUAAUGACAAGCCUUCAAAACCUUUUCAUAAUGAAACACAGUUUAAAUACAGGUUUUGCUGUACGUAAUCCUUACGUUCAAAAUAUGCCAAAAUCAUAUUUUUCUAUAGCAAGAACCAUCCACUCUUCCCCCUCAACUGCUACCUGUAGGCCCAACAAACAUAUUGAACGCACUCUCCUAAGCUCCGAUAAAUCCUAGUUUUGCGUUUAAGGGACUGGUUCACGAUAAUGCGCAUGUGUGAGUUCUGACAGUAGCUGAUUGUUUUUCAACCAAUCGGAAGCGAGUUAGAUGCACGCAAGUAAAUUUACAAAAUUCAAAUUAAUUGUUCGCGACGCGAGAGUAUUUCCGGGCAUUUGGUUUAAUUUUAUUUAUCCCCAUAAUUAAAGUUUAUUCUUUGGUACUCCUCAGAUAUAUGUUGCAGCCGAUAAGAAUAAGAUUUACAGCCCUGUCCUGCUUUGAAACAAACAUUUACCAACGUGUAUUUUUACGAGGUCGUACCCACGCUAACAAAACCGUCACCGAUCGGCAAACAAAAUUUGUAAACAAACAUCUUAUUACUGUUCUCUCAGUUCGCCUUAUAUAAACCCAGAAAUACCUACAAAUAGCGCCUGACCGGUGACAAAAACACACAACGUAUGAGUGUAAAGAUUAUCCUUAACUGAGCAUAAAUUUCAAUUGCUUAUCAGCAAAUGAACAAAUUCAUUCGCGUUGCAUCGGGUCAGUGUUCCGCAAAACAAAUGUUAUCGAGUAACACACAUAAAGAAACUAGAUUAUAAACAGAAUAUUCAGGCAAUAAUAUAUUUUAAAAACAUCAAUUCUUCAACAUAUAGGAUCGUAAAGCAAAGAUGCAAGGAACAUUUCAAGUGUACCAGAUCAGUGAAGAUCGCGCGGCCUGUUGCGGUAUAACCACAGGUCGGAGUCAAAAAUUAAAUCAAAGUUGAACGAACUCAUGCCUUAAACCACUUUCCAAGUGUCGUGUAUUCUUUUCGUAUGCCACACACUACUCCUAGAACACAUACCAGAUCGAUAGGCUAAGCUUCUCUAUCUCCAGAGACUCUUGAGAACGUCCUGUUGCCGGACGGCCACGAUGCUCGUCUGAACCUCCAUGAUCAAAACAUUAUUUUUUGCGUCUUCUUAAAACGUAACCAGUCAAACGACACAACCACGCGUUAAUCACCACUACCGAAGUAUAACUAGACCAGCCAAAGCGACGGAUGUCCGAAUAAAACGAAGGAUUUUCAAUGAUUGUACCGGUAAUGGCGAUUUCGAAUUUAGUGUUGACCCGACAAAUUUAUUCUGAAGAGACAAACGUCGCGCAUGCGCAUUAUCGUGAACCAGUCCCUUUAAAUGUGCUACUUUUCUCCUUCAACUUCAGCCUUGCAUUAGGGCGUUUUUUACUUUAAAUUAUUCUACAACAAUACAAAAUCUCCCGAAUUUACCAGGAACUAACACUCAAGAAAUAUUGCACUAAGAACUAACACUCUGUGGGGUCCCCCAUGGUUCAGUGACAACUUUAAUUCCUCCUGUGCAUUAAUGAUAUCCACAAAUCAAGCAGUGUGUUCAACUUUUAUUUGUUUGUUGAUGACACUAGCAUGUUGCAUGCUAACAAAAACUUGCGCGAACUUGAAAACAAAGUUAACACUGAACUUGGAAAUUUUUGAGAUUGGCUGAAGGCCAUUAAAAUAUCACUUAAAAUUAAGAAAUCAAACUUUGUAAUUUUUUUUUCCGGGUCAAAAAUCAUUUACCAUUUAUUCCUCGCAUUAGUAUUCUGGAUUAUGAAAUGAAUUCACACAAAACCCUCGAGAAGAAGGAAUAUGUCAAAUACCGAGGAGGUUGUAUUGACGCUGAUCCUUCCCGGAAACACCAUAUCGAGCUCAUAUCGGAAACAUCAGUAAAUGCGUUGGUGUUAUAGCAAAGUUCAGACAUUUUGUUCCUCGUCAAACUCUUUUGAGUAUCUUUCAGUCCCUUAUUUCGCCUUAUCUAACCUAUGGUAUAUGUGCUUGGGGCCAAGGUGCUAAAGUCAAUAUAAACAAAUUCGUUGUCUUUUGUAGGCUUGCUAUCCUGAGACUAGUGGUCUUUCUACCAGGACAAUGUUAUAUGUUACUCUUCUUGGUGAUGAGUGGAGUUCAUCUGCUGGUGGGUUGUCAACAAUAAACAGAGAACUUGCAAUUCACCUUUCAAAUCAUCCAGCAGUGAAGGUUUCUUUGCUAGUCCCAGAGGGAGCUUGCAAUUGUGAGGAAAGGAGUGAAGCCCAUACCUAUGGAAUCUCUGUCGUUGAGGCCAAGAGAAUUGUAGCAUUUGAUCCUCGUGAUUGGUUAAGCUUUCCACCCCAUCAGCACCUCAUGGACAUCGUUGUUGGCCAUGGUGUGAAACUUGGUCGGCAAGUACAAAUCAUAAGAGACUCGUCUCAAUUUUCAGAUUGUACGUGGGUACAAAUGGUUCACACUGCUCCAGAGGACCUUAGCAGAUACAAGUGCUACAGUGCUGACAGUGAUGCCAUUGCAAAAGGUGAAACAAAACACGAAUCAGAAGUUGAGCUUUGCAAACUUGCUGACCUUGUUGUGCCUGUGGGACCCAGACUGAAAGAAGCAUACUCUUCAUAUUUACAGCGAUGUAAAACUGAUGAAGACGUUUUGUCCUUUACUCCAGGCCUUUUUCAAAGAGAGUUUGGGGAUUUAGUAGCAAAGCAAGAGCCUAACGAGAAUGGCGAAUUCAAAGUGUUGUUAUUUGGUCGUGGAGAUCCUGAGGACUUUGAACUCAAAGGGUACAACAUUGCUGCUGAGGCAUUUACUGAUCAACGGCUAAAAAAAAAACCUUACCAUCUAAUCUUUGUUGGAGCACCUGAUCGAAAGCAAGGUAAAAUUAGAAGAAAACUUCUAAGACGUGGUAUUGCAGAAGCACAGUUGACUGUUAGAAAAUUUAUACAAAGAAGAGACGGAAUGAAAGAUUUGCUGUGCGAAGCUGACCUUGCCAUCAUGCCAUCAAAAUCAGAAGGGUUUGGACUCGUCGCACUCGAGGCCUUGUCUGCAGGUUUACCUAUUCUUGUUGGCAGUAGGUCAGGAUUUGCCAAAGCAUUAGAAAAUUUUCCUCAUGGUCAUACAUGCAUCGUGAAGUCAGAUGACCCUGCAGAAUGGGCAGAGGCAAUAGAAACCGUUCGUAUCAGGCAUGGAAUGCGGCUUCAAGAGAUAAAAUCACUGAGAGCAUCUUAUGGGGAGAUGUACAGUUGGAAGGAGCAAUGUGAAACCCUUGUGAACAGAAUGUGGAAAAUUUAUCAUGGUAAGAGUUUUUUUGUUAAGUGAUGAUGUACUUAAUUGAUUAUGUUGUACCAGACAUUACUGACUCUAAUAUAGUUUUCGUGGCACUAUAUACCGAAAAUGUAAGAUUGCAGCGAUAGUCUGUUACAAGCACUGAAUAGAUGUACUUUUGUAACCUUAUUAUUGAUUGUACACGCUAGGACUCUCAGUUCUCUUUGCAAAUUUGGUACAUGUAAAUAUCAUGCCAGAAUAUUUUAUCGUGAAAAGUAGAGCAUGUAGAUACAUAUGGCCAGGACACUUAAAACAAUAUACCCGUUCACAUUCUUAACUGAGAUCAGGCCCCAUUUACAGCAGCUUCCAUACAUUCUGUCUUACGUGGUCGAGCUAAAAAGUCUCUCACGCCCGGGGCGGAUAAAGGUUGAUCGAUGAAACGAACACUCCGCCCUUCAAGUGAUGCGUGAUGCGGAGUAGGACUGGCACGAGCGCUCUUUCCGCCCUUCCAGAGCGCUUGAAGGCCUGCAAAAUGUUCCUAUUCAAAAACCGGAAAUCCUAUUUUCUUUCUGUAAUUUCAGCCAACAGUCUAAAAAAAGGAAAUUCGUUUCAUAACAACGUUGAUAAACAGUUUCAUAUUUUUAUGUCUGUACACCUAUAAGUCAAACUUGUUGCUCGUAUAAUGCCAAAACUUGAGUUCAAUUUGAAAGUACUGAAUGCCUCCUCUUGCCAUUAAAUAUGACCUUAUCGUCCUUCUACGUUUCUUUUGCAAAAGCUCCAAACUACUCAACCUUAAUUCUUACGUACGUUGAACGAGGAUAAAUUUUACAUAACAAAACUGAAAAUUAGCGGGGUAUAUUUGGACAUAGUGGCGUUGUACUACUUCAAACUUCGCCCCUCGGUUGCAACGCGCCAUAGCGAUUCGCGAAGUAGAUAGGUCGCAAAUCCGGCAACCGUAGUGGAAACAAAGUUAACCUGGUGGAGGUUUCCUCUGUUUAAACAUGCUAACAAGACAGUCAGUCCAAAUGAGGGGCCACUCAUUCUCUCAACUUUCCGCGUACAUUCACACAAACUCGAUAUACGAGCAGCUAAAUACUAUCCAAAAAACAAAGUUGACAAAAAACUGUAACUGCAAAAUUCUCUAAACGAGCGACACAGAAAUUAGCAAACGCUUUUAUUCAGUUGGUUUGUUACGAACACGGCACAUUAGUCUAGUUUUGUUUGAGAGAGAAGUGACAGUGAAAAUUUGUACACUUAUUCGGGCAAAGGGAACACUAAGACCAAAGAGUUUUCAAGCCCACAUAAUACGUUAACUCACGACAAAUGUUCGUUAUAAAGACGUCCUGGAGGAUGGUUUGGAUUUCAUAACAAUGUUCACGUUUUGAUGGCGAAAUCCGAGAAACUUGUUGUUAGGCGAAGAUGGCUGUCAUAUUAUGAUAAAUCUCUUUUGCGAACUUGGAAAUCUUAGCUUUGAUAUAUUUUUCACAAGAUAUCUUGAGAGGAAAUCGCCUAAGUUGUUUUUAUUAGUAAUACAGUAAAGCUUGUGUCACGUUUUUGCUCAUGUGCAAUUUGUUUAUUAACUAAUGUGCAAAAUUCGCUAUUUCCGUGUAAUUACAUUGUUUUCAGAAGGAUAAACAAACUUUGAGAAGAAGACAAAUUUUUAGUUAGAUGUUCUCCGACACAUGUACAGACCAACUUGUGCGGUCUUAAAUUAUUUCUAGUUCAAUGUCCGUCUUCAACCACAAUUUUCACAACUCGGACUCUAGUAAAACUGAGACAAAUUUUUAUCACUUUUGCUGUUAGUUUGAGUGGCCAGGAGCUCAAUUCCAAAAAACUACAGUGUUUCAAGUUCUUCUUUCUUCUUAAUUUUCUUCGGUUAUUGAAGAGUUGGAAAACUCAUAACUCAUUUUCCUGUUCCCAACUUGCCGUUUACUAUGAUCUGUAAGUCCAUAAUUUAAUCCCAGUCCACUUCAUCCACCUUUUUGCUUGGACGCGCUCGUGUCAUCCUCCAACCUUUAUACGCCCUGCUCGCGCCUAUGCUGCUGCAACGCUGAUUGACCCUUAGGACGAUGCAAAACGAUCUGAUUGGCUGUUGGAAUCACCAGAAGCUGAAGCACUAGAAUCCUAGCGCUCUUUCUCGAUCUCUUCGCGAAUGAUUCGCCAUGAGAGGAGAGUUCUCUAAUGUAUCUUUUGGAAGGUUUACGGUUUCUCAGGGACCGCGCAGAGGGAGGGGCUGGGGGGGCUUUAGCCCCCCCCUCCCACUUUUUUGCAAGAAUAAAAAUAAAUUAAACAAAAAAUAAUUUAACAAAAGUAAUGGAGUGAAAAAUAGCAAAAAAUCGUUAAUUCGAAAGUGACCAGAGUUACUGGCAAAGACAAACGCGCAGAUAAAUAGACAGAAUGAAGCAUUAGUCGUUACAAUUGUAAAAUAUUUUUUCGCUUCUAACCUAUCAGAGGUAAACGUCUUUUAAAUGGCUUCUUUUUCCUGCGGACUUCUCAGGAAAACGCGUUGUUUCGUAAUUGGUUAAUUUCGAUCCAAAGUAAUAACUGGGUUUAGUUUAUAAGGCGAUUCUCAAACAAAUUGUUUAUUAGUUUCAACCUUGAUUUUUGGAAGAUCAUGAACUUAUUGUUUCUCUUGUUAUUGUGCGUCCUGAUUUUAGCUUGAUCAGCGCGAAGUCCGUCUUUUGAUGUCAGGCUUCACGGCUCGUUGAGCAUUCCAAUUGCAAGUUUUGUUGAACACGGUCUGUUUAUAAAAACAUUUUGUCAUCGAAAGUACUUAAACCGCAGAAUUGUGUAUAGCUCUGGUCAUCAAGGAACAUUCAAUCCGGCGGUUAUUACGAACAAAGAAGUGCACAUGGUACACGGCAACAUAAAUACGAACGACGAGACUUCACAUACCACUAGUAAUGCAAAGAAGAGAUCUCUUAAAAUUUCUGAUUACUUUUCCAAACAUAAUGGAAAACCUUCUUUAUCUGGUGAGUAAACUCUGAAUAAUUUUUGCUACUUUUUUCUGAAUCUGUUCUAUAAUUGAAUUAUUUCCAAUCACUUUUUCAUGUGACAUAGUUUUUGAAAUAUUGGUCUAAUAAUGUUUCAUUUACAUUCUUUAAACGAGCCUCCAUCCAAAAGAAUGUGCGAAACAAUCAACUUCACUAGUGAAGUAGAAGCCACAAUAUCCAGUCAAGAGUCGCAGCCUCCUCCAAUCCAACGACAAGUUGAUCAGUCGACAGCCAGCGAAGCUGUAGACAUCAAUAUAACGGAACCAUUCCAACCUGCGGAUUUCAACUUUCCAAAAAAGCAUUGUGGCAAACAGAAUCGCGUAUUUCAAUCCAAGUGGUUUUCGGAAUUUCGCUGGCUACACUAUAAUGAGCAAAGCGAUUCUCUGUUGUGUUUCAUUUGCAUGCAACAAAAUGCAAAAUCAAAUCUUCGAGCUGCCAGAAGUAAGGAAGUCUGCUUUAUUUCUAAAGGGUUUUCAAACUGGAAAAAGGCGUUGGCGCGAUUCAAGGAGCAUCAAGUGUCUGAAUGCCACAAAAUAGCCAUUGACUAUGAAACAAACCUUUCCAGAACUUGCGGAAAUGUGUGGGAGAUGUCCAGUGAUGCAGCAAAAAAGACAAUGGAGUCUAACAGUAUAUGCUUCAUCAAAUUCCGAUAGCAACAUCACUGAAGAUGUGGAAAAAAAUCAAUAGUUUUAUCGUUAUUCGCAUUCUCGGUCACUUUAGAGAAAUUGAAUAGAAAUCCACAAGCAUGCCCCCCAAAAAAUUUUCCUUCACGCAUUCUUCUUUAGCCCCCCCACUCGAAACUUGCUGCGCGGUCCCUGUUUCUGGGAACGAAACUUAACUAUAUUUGUCAUGGACAUUUCCAAAGAUAUGAGUGAAGACCGGAAAAGUUUGGGAGCUUUCGAACUGAAUCCUCGAUAAAGCUCGUGCCUUGGCACCAUAUUCGUGUACAGAAAUUCUCGUUACUAACCCUUGAAGACUAAGAAAUGGAUUGAACCUGACUGGUAUAUUAAAGGCCCGGGGGGGUACUGCCAUAUAUGGGCUAUAUAGGUAUGUGCCGCUGUGAAGGGUAUGGUUUUCAAGCAGUUUACUCUAGGAUAGGGUAUAUAAAUCAGAGCGUUGGGUCUAGAAUAGGGUAUCAUUUUUAAGGAAACUGAUCAGUUGGUUGAAGAUUUAUCUAGACUAGGGAAACAGCUACUCUAGGAUAGGGGGGAUUUGGGGAGUUUACUCUAGUAUAGGGUAGCAAAAUUCAGCUGAACUAGCUCUGGUAUAGGUUAAGUGUUCCAGGGUCCCAGCGGCACAUCCCCACCCAGAAAUUCCUAAAGUACCCCCCCCCCCCGGGAUUAAAGGAAGGAAACACCGUUCUACUGCUUUGCAUAUCUUGUGAGUUAUAUUCAACCCCAAUUCCCAUGCACGUCAAUAAGCUUAAUUAACAGUUAAUGAAUGAGGCUGAGUAUCUUAUGAACAAUUAUGGAGAUCGUCGAAGAGGGUGUUAUCGGAUAACCCCCUAAGGGCGUACGGUCUUGUGUGUGCAACUCGCGGCACUAAGUUUCGUAGCAGGUCGGAAGCAGAGUAACUUCGCUUGAGAAAUGUUAUGCACGCCUUCUCCCUCCUCUGCCGCAGCAGAAUUAAGCCUGAUUUCUUGAGCGCGUCCUCAUAGCACAGAGAAGGAAAAAUAGUUUUUUAGCGCCCUCUUUUGUAUUGAUUCAAUGUGAUCACUUAAGUAUUGCGUGAGGUCAGCCCAAGCGGGACUCGCAUACUCUAACACAGACCUGAUGAUACUACAAUAGACAAGAAUACGCUGCCUAUCAGUUAGUCUGCACUUCUUAAGGGCGCGUAUUGCAUAGAACCGCUUACUCCCUUUCUGAAGAACUGUUUUGGAAUAUAAUCUUAAAAUAGAGUUCUAGUACUUUAAAAAGUUAUGAUCUUUCUUUUUACAAUCGAAUUUACUCGGAAUUCCUAUUGCUUCUUGAGCUUAAAUGUUUUGUAUCAAAGUGGAUUACAAUGCAUAAUAAGACCUGUGAUUUUUAGAAUAAGAGUUUCAGUUGACACUUGUAACCUUUGACUGUCAAAAUUAAUGACGUUACUGUAAACUGAUACACGGGGCGUGGUUCCACAAGGGUGGUGGAGAAACAAUGGUUUAAAACAUUCAAUAUAUACAUUAUUUAGUAAGAAGCUUAGUAACGGCUUGUUCUCACACCAGAUGCUUCUGAUAUACCAGGAGAAGUUUCUGUCACUGAAGAGCAGAAUUUUUGGGCCAUUUUAAAAAGUACAGUAACGUGGUGUUUAUUUAUUUGUUGCCUUUCUGUUAUGGCUUAAAACAUGUUCUUUCCGUAUGACAGCAUUACUCUUAUUCUUUUUUCACACUGCAACGAGCUUAGAAGCCUGUUUCCUUAUGCAUUUUCCUGUUCACGGACCCACUGUUUUCUCUUCAAAGUCCGUCGAGCCCGGGUGAUAAAAUAUAAACCGCAAGGGAUUUAUUGACUUUUUUCCUCGCGCUCCGCGCUCGUUCUCGCGUGCUCGCGAGCAGGCGAGCUUGCCGAUGUGUUCGAAAACGUCUGUGUACCGGUUCCUUAUGCAUUAGUUAAAAAAUAUUUUUUCUCUUGAAUCGUAAAAGCGAUUUCUGCUUUCUAUCAAUAAUUUUCAGAUGAAGCAAACACUGUAAAGAUGUCAAUCUCCACACGUGAUUUAAGAAGUGAAUUGGAGGAUGUUGUGAAUCGAAUGUUAAGACAACAACUUGAAGUGUACUUGAAAGACAAAAAAGAAAACAAGCUUUCCACGGCCCAUGGACUGAGUAAUUUCGUUAAGUAUUUAGAAAGUACUUAUACCUUUUCCUUAACAUCUCUUGGAGAAGGAUCUUUGGUAAUAAAAGGUCAGUGCCCCGACCUACAGAGUCUCGAAAGUCUUUGGAAUGACUACAAUUCUGGUGUCCUGAAUGAAGCUGCAGAGAGGUUUUUAGUCACUGAUGACAUAAAGAGAGCGAUCAAUUUGGAAACCGUCAAAUUAAAGACCAUUAUUGAGGUAGACAACUAUUUGUGUUGCAAAAAAGCUCUUACGGAAGAUUCAGGUGAGUUGGGCCGUUAGCACAAUUUCUUGGGCAAUUAUUCUUUAAAUAAGAAACUGACAUAAUUGCUCUGUUAGUGUUUUAUAGCGAUGUACUCAAAAUUAUACAAUGGAUCUGUGAAAACCGGGUUAGCAAACAUUUUGUAAUUUCUCUCAAUUUCCCGGGCAGGCAGAACUCAGGUAUGUGGUCACGUUGUGGAACUGUUGCACCAAACUAUUCUGUGCAAACCAUAAAAACGUUUCGUCGGUGUUUCUCUACUCAGGAAAAUUGGGUAUAGGUCUAGUUUCAGCGGGAUCCUAGCUUUUGAACAAUAGGCCAGUUUUUGCAGAUAAGAACUAAGGCCAGGUGAUAAUUUGUGAACUAUGUUUCAAUAAGUUUGUUGUCUCUUCCAUGCGAAAUCCUGUCAUUUAUCGGACUACGAAGAAAGUAGUGUUUUGCUAACUAACCAGGCACUUUUUUGCUGCAUUUUACUUAACUUAAAAAUUUCGAGACUGAAAUGACACCGGUCUAAAACUUCAUGGAGUCAGAUUACUGAAUAUUAACUGUUCUAAAAUUUGUGCCAUUUAGAAAUUGGACUCGUUGAAAUGCUUCUAGAGACCCCUAACUUACUGCCUGGCGUCAGUAAAGACUUUUCAUCUGCCUUUGAAUGAUUUUUUAUUGUUUUACAUUGCAAAGUAGUAGAAUGAGUUAAUUUUUGUGGCUAACCCGGUUUUCAAAACUCCAGGUAUAAAUUGCACAUAAAUCACAAAGGAGCAACUCUAAAUCAGUGAAAUGUCUCUCAUGAUUCUCUCUGGCAUGCAUGUUCUUUGUCGGCAAGCUCAUUGGGUAAAAAUAAGCACUUUUCUAGGUAUAAUCAUCCUCAUAUUCUUCGCAUGUGCUCUAAGUCAUUAUAGAGAGGUGACAAGCCACUAUGUGACAUUGAAGACCUCAUGGAAUAUCAGGCAAACCUGAAAAGUGUUUGCAAGUUUAAAGUGACUCGAUUCUAAUUAAUAAUUAUUUUUCUUUGCAAAUAACAUAAUUGGGCUUUAGACACUUAUUCCAUUGAUAUAACUGCACAUAAAUCACAAAGGAGCACUAAGACUCUAAAUUGGUUAAAGAUCAGUGACAAUCUCUCAUGAUUCUCUCUUGCAUUGUUAAAAAAAAAACGCUUUUCUUGGUAUAAUCAUCCUCAUAUUCUUCCCAUGUACUCUAAGUCAUAGAGAGAUGACAAGCCACUUUGUGACAUUGAAGACCCCAUUGAAGAUCAGGCAAGCCUGAAAAGCGUUUGCAAGUUUAAAGUGACUCGAUAGUACUUAGUAACUAUUUUGCUUUGCAAAUAUCGCAAUUGGGUUUUAGACAAUUAUUCCAUUGAGAUAAUUGCAAAGAAAUCACAAAGGAGCAACUCUAAAAUAUUUAAAGAUCGGUCAAAUUUCCGCUAUACAUUAUUUUGUAAGAAGCUUAAUAAGGGCUUGUUCUCACAGCAGAUGCUUCUGAUACACUAGAGGAUGUUUCUUUCACUGAAGAGCAGCCUGUUGCCAGUGACAAGUGCCCAGUUGACCAAGGUAUGGAAUUACAUUGAUUACCUUAUUACAUGAAAUUUUCGCGGCAUGUUUAUUUCGCGAUUUUAAUGAGAGCAUUUUUAAAUCUCGCGAUUUGCCAAAAUUUUUAAAUUUUGAACCACUUUCAUUUCGCGUUUUUGAGUACAAUAAUUUACAUUUCAUGGGCAAUGUUAUUUAACAUGUCCUUGAAUAAAAUAAAUAAACGACUUUAUCAAAGGAACCGUAACGUCAAAAUUAAGACUAAAUGUCAACAGUAACAACGAAGCAGUUCUCAAUGUCCACAAGCAGUUCAUUCUUAUACGUGAAUUAUUGUUCUUGAGUCAGUUGACCACAACAUCCAUUUGGUAAAAAAAACACUUUUCUAGGUAUAAUCAUCCUCAUAUUCUUCGAAAUUUGCUCUAAGUCAUUAUAGUCAAUGUCACAAUGUCACAUAGUGACAUUGAAGACCUCAUUGAAUAUCAGGCAAACCUGAAAAGUGUUUGCAAGUUUAAAGUUACUCGAUUCUACUUAAUAAUUAUUUUGCUUUGUAAACAACAUAAUUGGGCCUUAGACACUUAUGCCAUUGAUAAUUGCACAUAAAUCACAAAGGAGCAACUCUAGAUUAUUUAAAGGUUGGUGAAAUAUCUCUCAUGAUUCUCUUACGCAUUCAUGUUCUUUGUUGGCAAGCUCAUUUGGUAAAAAAAACACACACACACACCGGAAAAGUUUGGGAGCUUUCGAACUGAAUCCUCGAUAAAGUUCGUGCCUUGACACCAUAUUCGUGUACAGAAAUUCUCGUUACUAACCCUUGAAGACUAAGAAAUGGAUUGAACCUGACUGGUAUAUUAAAGGCCCGGGGGGUACUGCCAUAUAUGGGCUAUAUAGGUAUGUGCCGCUGUGAAGGGUAUGGUUUUCAAGCAGUUUACUCUAGGAUAGGGUAUAUAAAUCAGAGCGUUUGGGUCUAGAAUAGGGUAUCAUUUUUCAGGAAACUGAUCAGUUGGUUGAAGAUUUAUCUAGACUAGGGAAACAGCUACUCUAGGAUAGGGGGGAUUUGGGGAGUUUACUCUAGUAUAGGGUAGCAAAAUUCAGCUGAACUAGCUCUGGUAUUGGUUAAGUGUUCCAGGGUCCCAGCGGCACAUCCCCACCCAGAAAUUCCUAAAGUACCCCCCCCCCCCCCCGCCCCGGGAUUAAAGGAAGGAAACACCGUUCUACUGCUUUGCAUAUCUUGUGAGUUAUAUUCAACCCCAAUUCCCAUGCACGUCAAAAAGCUUAAUUAACAGUUAAUGAAUGAGGCUGAGUAUCUUAUGAACAAUUAUGGAGAAGAGGGUGUUAUCGGAUAACCCCCUAAGGGCGUACGGUCUUGUGUGUGCAACUCGCGGCACUAAGUUUCGUAGCAGGUCGGAAGCAGAGUAACUUCGCUUGAGAAAUGUUAUGCACGCCUUCUCCCUCCUCUGCCGCAGCAGAAUUAAGCCUGAUUUCUUGAGCGCGUCCUCAUAGCACAGAGAAGGAAAAAUAGUUUUUUAGCGCCCUCUUUUGUAUUGAUUCAAUGUGAUCACUUAAGUAUUGCGUGAGGUCAGCCCAAGCGGGACUCGCAUACUCUAACACAGACCUGAUGAUACUACAAUAGACAAGAAUACGCUGCCUAUCAGUUAGUCUGCACUUCUUAAGGGCGCGUAUUGCAUAGAACCGCUUACUCCCUUUCUGAAGAACUGUUUUGGAAUAUAAUCUUAAAAUAGAGUUCUAGUACUUUAAAAAGUUAUGAUCUUUCUUUUUACAAUCGAAUUUACUCGGAAUUCCUAUUGCUUCUUGAGCUUAAAUGUUUUGUAUCAAAGUGGAUUGCAAUGCAUAGUAAGACCUGUGAUUUUUAGAAUAAGAGUUUCAGUUGACACUUGUAACCUUUGACUGUCAAAAUUAAUGACGUUACUGUAAACUGAUACACGGGGCGUGGUUCCACAAGGGUGGUGGAGAAACAAUGGUUUAAAACAUUCAAUAUAUACAUUAUUUAGUAAGAAGCUUAGUAACGGCUUGUUCUCACACCAGAUGCUUCUGAUAUACCAGGAGAAGUUUCUGUCACUGAAGAGCAGAAUUUUUGGGCCAUUUUAAAAAGUACAGUAACGUGGUGUUUAUUUAUUUGUUGCCUUUCUGUUAUGGCUUAAAACAUGUUCUUUCCGUAUGACGGCAUUACUCUUAUUCUUUUUUCACACUGCAACGAGCUUAGAAGCCUGUUUCCUUAUGCAUUGGCCUGUUCACGGACCCACUGUUUUCUCUUCAAAGUCCGUCGAGCCCGGGUGAUAAAAUAUAAACCGCAAGGGAUUUAUUGACUUUUUUCCUCGCGCUCCGCGCUCGUUCUCGCGUGCUCGCGAGCAGGCGAGCUUGCCGAUGUGUUCGAAAACGUCUGUGUACCGGUUCCUUAUGCAUUAGUUAAAAAAUAUUUUUUCUCUUGAAUCGUAAAAGCGAUUUCUGCUUUCUAUCAAUAAUUUUCAGAUGAAGCAAACACUGUAAAGAUGUCAAUCUCCACACGUGAUUUAAGAAGUGAAUUGGAGGAUGUUGUGGAUCGAAUGUUAAGACAACAACUUGAAGUGUACUUGAAAGACAAAAAAGAAAACAAGCUUUCCACGGCCCAUGGACUGAGUAAUUUCGUUAAGUAUUUAGAAAGUACUUAUACCUUUUCCUUAACAUCUCUGGGAGAAGGAUCUUUGGUAAUAAAAGGUCAGUGCCCCGACCUACAGAGUCUCGAAAGUCUUUGGAAUGACUACAAUUCUGGUGUCCUGAAUGAAGCUGCAGAGAGGUUUUUAGUCACUGAUGACAUAAAGAGAGCGAUCAAUUUGGAAACCGUCAAAUUAAAGACCAUUAUUGAGGUAGACAACUAUUUGUGUUGCAAAAAAGCUCUUACGGAAGAUUCAGGUGAGUUGGGCCGUUAGCACAAUUUCUUGGGCAAUUAUUCUUUAAAUAAGAAACUGACAUAAUUGCUCUGUUAGUGUUUUAUAGCGAUGUACUCAAAAUUAUACAAUGGAUCUGUGAAAACCGGGUUAGCAAACAUUUUGUAAUUUCUCUCAAUUUCCCGGGCAGGCAGAACUCAGGUAUGUGGUCACGUUGUGGAACUGUUGCACCAAACUAUUCUGUGCAAACCAUAAAAACGUUUCGUCGGUGUUUCUCUACUCAGGAAAAUUGGGUAUAGGUCUAGUUUCAGCGGGAUCCUAGCUUUUGAACAAUAGGCCAGUUUUUGCAGAUAAGAACUAAGGCCAGGUGAUAAUUUGUGAACUAUGUUUCAAUAAGUUUGUUGUCUCUUCCAUGCGAAAUCCUGUCAUUUAUCGGACUACGAAGAAAGUAGUGUUUUGCUAACUAACCAGGCACUUUUUUGCUGCAUUUUACUUAACUUAAAAAUUUCGAGACUGAAAUGACACCGGUCUAAAACUUCAUGGAGUCAGAUUACUGAAUAUUAACUGUUCUAAAAUUUGUGCCAUUUAGAAAUUGGACUCGUUGAAAUGCUUCUAGAGACCCCUAACUUACUUCCUGGCGUCAGUAAAGACUUUUCAUCUGCCUUUGAAUGAUUUUUUAUUGUUUUACAUUGCAAAGUAGUAGAAUGAGUUAAUUUUUGUGGCUAACCCGGUUUUCAAAACUCCAGGUAUAAAUUGCACAUAAAUCACAAAGGAGCAACUCUAACUCAGUGAAAUGUCUCUCAUGAUUCUCUCUGGCAUGCAUGUUCUUUGUCGGCAAGCUCAUUGGGUAAAAAUAAGCACUUUUCUAGGUAUAAUCAUCCUCAUAUUCUUCGCAUGUGCUCUAAGUCAUUAUAGAGAGGUGACAAGCCACUAUGUGACAUUGAAGACCUCAUUGAAUAUCAGGCAAACCUGAAAAGUGUUUGCAAGUUUAAAGUGACUCGAUUCUAAUUAAUGAUUAUUUUUCUUUGCAAAUAACAUAAUUGGGCUUUAGACACUUAUUCCAUUGAUAUAACUGCACAUAAAUCACAAAGGAGCACUAAGACUCUAAAUUGGUUAAAGGUCAGUGACAAUCUCUCAUGAUUCUCUCUUGCAUUGUUAAAAAAAAAACGCUUUUCUUGGUAUAAUCAUCCUCAUAUUCUUCCCAUGUACUCUAAGUCAUAGAGAGAUGACAAGCCACUUUGUGACAUUGAAGACCCCAUUGAAGAUCAGGCAAACCUGAAAAGCGUUUGCAAGUUUAAAGUGACUCGAUAGUACUUAAUAACUAUUUUGCUUUGCAAAUAUCGCAAUUGGGUUUUAGACAAUUAUUCCAUUGAGAUAAUUGCAAAGAAAUCACAAAGGAGCAACUCUAAAAUAUUUAAAGAUCGGUCAAAUUUCCGCUAUACAUUAUUUUGUAAGAAGCUUAAUAAGGGCUUGUUCUCACAGCAGAUGCUUCUGAUACACUAGAGGAUGUUUCUUUCACUGAAGAGCAGCCUGUUGCCAGUGACAAGUGCCCAGUUGACCAAGGUAUGGAAUUACAUUGAUUACCUUAUUACAUGAAAUUUUCGCGGCAUGUUUAUUUCGCGAUUUUAAUGAGAGCAUUUUUAAAUCUCGCGAUUUGCCAAAAUUUUUAAAUUUUGAACCACUUUCAUUUCGCGUUUUUGAGUACAAUAAUUUACAUUUCAUGGGCAAUGUUAUUUAACAUGUCCUUGAAUAAAAUAAAUAAACGACUUUAUCAAAGGAACCGUAACGUCAAAAUUAAGACUAAAUGUCAACAGUAACAACGAAGCAGUUCUCAAUGUCCACAAGCAGUUCAUUCUUAUACGUGAAUUAUUGUUCUUGAGUCAAUUGACCACAACAUCCAUUUGGUAAAAAAAAACACUUUUCUAGGUAUAAUCAUUCUCAUAUUCUUCGAAAUUUGCUCCAAGUCAUUAUAGUCAAUGUCACAAUGUCACAUAGUGACAUUGUGACAUUGUGACAUUUAUAUUCAAUGAGGUCUUCAAUGUCACAUAGUGACAUUGAAGACCUCAUUGAAUAUCAGGCAAACCUGAAAAGUGUUUGCAAGUUUAAAGUUACUCGAUUCUACUUAAUAAUUAUUUUGCUUUGUAAACAACAUAAUUGGGCCUUAGACACUUAUGCCAUUGAUAAUUGCACAUAAAUCACAAAGGAGCAACUCUAGAUUAUUUAAAGGUUGGUGAAAUAUCUCUCAUGAUUCUCUUACGCAUUCAUGUUCUUUGUUGGCAAGCUCAUUUGGUAAAAAAAAAACACACACUUUAUAGGUAUCAUCAUCCUCAUAUUCUUCACAUGUGCUUUAAGGCGUUUCGAUACAGGUUUUCAGAGGCCAUACCGAUAUUUUUCAAUCGCCUUAAAAGUGUUUUUUUCAUUGUCCGAUCGCUAUAAAAUUUUCACCAGUAUUUGGCUAUGGAUUGAAAUUUGUGAAAAUGUAGUUUUAGGUAAAAUCGAUUUUACUAUGACGACAAUAACCAAAAAGCUUUGAAAUUAAUAAAAGCCGAAUUUUUUACUACUAGGUACUGAAAAUCCAACACUAGGAACUUAAAGUUUGGUGUUUGGCAAACAAUCUCCUUGAUAAGUAAAAAAUUAUGUAUGUUUGAAUUCGAAUAAAAGGAAUAUAUAUAUCAAACCUUAAAUUUUCAAUAGCCGUGAUAGAUUAUUUAAUAAAAAGGUUAUAAAUGACUCAAAUUAUUAUGCGGGAUGACGUACUCAGCCAGCGUCUUAAAUUCGGGAGCGCAUUCCUUUCGUCGUCUUGGGAGUCAAAAAUUGCCUUUUUUUUAGCUUUCCCGUAUCCCGUGCCCGUCCCGAAAAAUUGUGUCAUUUUUAUUUUUAAAAUCGCGCAUUGUCUUUCGUGUCGUGACAAGGCAUUACGUAUCACGUACUAAAAAUAAAUACGUAAAAGCUAACCGGAUCCACAAAAGCUCAUUUGUCCUGAGCAUUUCACCGAUAAUAUAGAAAGAAAAUACUUCCGUUCUGCGCUUAACUGCGACGACUUUACUACAAGAUUCAUGAUCUAUUCAAAAGAGAUAAUAGUUUUGGGGCGGCCGGCACUUCCUCAUAAGAGGCUAAUUGAGAUGUGCCACUGGAUGGGGUCGCAUUUUCACGACUGGAUUGACCAUAAUGGGGUUUGCAUUUUCAAUAGAGUUACUAGAAUGGGUUUCACAUUUUCAGAUUUUUGGGGUAAGAGAGUUGUUCAUAGUUACGGUUAGCAAAUUUACCAGGAUAUUAACUGUGGGUGAAAAGUAAAGUGUUUUUCAUUCAAUGGGGCAAUUCAUUUUUUGAUGACCUAUUUAAAGGAUUGAUAAGGUAGAUACAUAAAUAGAAAGUGACUAAGUUGGGAUCGCAAGAAUUACAUAUUUGCCCAAAAGUGACUAAUAUGGGGUCUACAAUUGGCCAAAGAAUAGACUAUAAUGGGGUUGGGGCUCUGAGAGGCCAGCGGCACAUACCUAACAAAAAUUAACCCAAGUAACCGCACCAGGGUGCGCCGCAGUUUCGUUGAAAUCAUAACAGUUUUCCUGGAAAGCUCCACGGGAUCUCAGUCAAUCUUAAUAAGCGAAUUUUCUUUUCAACGUAAAUCAAACUGAUUAGUAGAAAGAAUAGUGCCCUUAUUUUUGACCCCAAAUUUUUUUUAUAAAAAAUACAUAAACAGACCAGAAUCUUACUUUUCCAUUUAAAAAAAAUGCCAUGUUUCUCAUAGUGGCGCGAAAACUUACUUUCAUAUGACAACAUGCGGGUUGUUAUUUUUCAUGAAAAAAAUAUUCACAAAAUUCUGCUUGUCUUGUUAAGAAAAUAAUUUGUUUAAUUUUUAAUAAGCUCACUGAUUUAUUAAUUUGGGCGACAAACUUGAAGGCCCGGGCACCCCAGCUAAAAUGCUUGGGGAGCCCGAAGGGCCCCCUGAAAUUUUCCCUAGAGUACAGCCUUGCAGCCCUAUUGUUGAGUGUGGAAGUGCAUUUUUUGAGGACAUUAGUAAAGGAAUACAAAUUUUAGUGAACUACCCCAUACUCCUAACAUAUAUGGUGGUAAUAUUGAUGUAAGUUUUGUUUUGAGUAGCAAAGGAACCCUUGUGUGUAACUCAUCCGUUCUAGUGUAUUAUUCCUGAACAGAACAUCUUCGUCUCUCCUGCACACAGUUGUUGCAUACACUACUCAACUUUCCAUUGCCAUUGAACAUACCGGUAAUUCUUUCUCACACCAACACAUCCCGCGGGCGCGUAAACGUCUUCGGGCGUCUUCUUGUUCUUAAGUAGAGUCAGAAUGCAGCUUAAUAUCAUAUUUCGAUGCUAAGAAAUUUUCAUUGGUGUAUUUUCGUUUUAGUGAUCUUGAAAACUAACCGUUUUCUCACCACCUGUACAAGUGAAACUUCAUUCAAAAUUUGGACUUUUAGCGCUUUUUUGUAUAUCCUUGAAACGACUCGAACGUAUUUUUUUCAAAGUUAUUUUUCCACAUAUCCUGAAAAUUGCACGCACGACUAGUGAUCAAACCAAAACUCUGUAGGCCCGGGCCUACAGGUCCAUUAAAGUAUCAGUGAAAUGUGUCUCAUGAUUCUCUUAUACAUGCACGUUCUUUGUCGGCAAGUUCAUUUACUUAAAAAACCCUUUUCUUGGUAUAAUCAUCGUCAUAUUCUUCGUAUGUGCUCUAAGACAUUAUAGAGAGAUGACAGGCUGCUAUGUGACAUUGAAAUAUCAGGCAAAACCCAGAACUAUUGCCUGAAAAGUGGUUGCAACUUUUAAGUGUUUCGGUUCUUCUUUAUGUUGCACUUACUCCAUUGAGAUAUUAAAAAACAUGUUUUACACAAAUCUAAUUGAAUACUGACCUUGUCUCAAGUACAUUGCCACCAAGGACCUAAAAACGGCUGUCUCAUCAUUAGUUCAGGCCUUUCAGAAUAUCUUUGGCUUACAAGGAAUUGCUAAGCCGUAAGAAAGGAGUUUUGCUGUUUGUUAAAUCAGUAUACUAUUGCUUUACACCUAUAAUGACUUAGGCUUCAAUUUGGCCUCAAAAAAUUUUGCUUUCAUAUUUAAAAGAGCUUGUUUAACACACGUUACCUACCAUACAGCAUAUACCUCAGUGGAAGACACUUAAAGCGAUCUAUGACAAAGGUAGUUGUUCCUUCUGAUUACACAUGAUUUAUCCCACUGCAUUUGCUAAAAAUGGCUAUCGAAAUUUCUAUCAUAUACCUUUACCGAGUCCUUUUUUAAUUGCAAUGUUUGCAUUGUUAUUUUUGUAUUUAUCUCUCACCGAAUAUUCAAUUUUAGUGAAUACGCUACCGUUGAUAGACUGUCAUGAGCUUCUCAUUGGCUAUUAAUCUAAUCCCCCCUCCAAAAAAACCGCUUUUCAUAACCUCUCAUACUUCUCUUUGUAAAUCAGCGCGCGUUGUAAACUGCACUCGGCUCUCGUAGUGGGUUGUUUACUACAGUUCUGUUCUCUGUUUGAACUUGUGUGAAAAAUAUCGAAUCUUUUCUUAUUGCAGAAAGAGGGAAAAUGGCAUAUUUGACUGGAAUCCUUCUUGACGUCUCCGGUUCGAUGCGUCAUAACAUCAGGAGAGGUACUGAUGAAGAAGGAGGACCAUGGGCUCGCUCGAUCUUUGAGGUUAUUGAUAACCUUAUCAAAUAUGAUAUAUCCUCUGAUAACCAUGUAUUUGCAAUAGGCGUUGGGGCAUGUACUGGUGAGGGCACAUUUGAUAUCAUAGGAACUCUUAAACAGAUUCAGUAUGAAGGCGAAAAAACUGAAGGUGAUGUUGAGAGGCCUGCUACUAGUACGCAAAUAAACAUGAUUUUCCGAAUAUUAGAGAGAUCCGGCGCACUUACUGUUCGCAAAUGGGCAGCGGAAGAAGUUGUCGUCAGGGCAUUGAAGUAUAGAGAGGCUGAUUUGUUACUGAACAAAUUGAAAUCUAACAGGACGUUUCUUGAAAAAUUUGUUCAAGAGAUUCUACCACCAGCUUGCCGGGAUUGGUCUGAAAGCGCCCUGGCGAAGAUGACAGACCUAUCUUUUUUUACUAACACAAUGCAAGGUGCGUUUGCAUCAAUGGCAACCAGCUUUAAAAGAGCUACAGUUGCAGACAUCAGGGAAGUAUUUAAUAAGGCCAAGCCUUGUUUGCUGAAAGAAGACAAAGAACAAGUAUCUCUGUUGAGUGUGACUGUUAAUUCCAUUUUCAAAGUUAAAGAUGCCUUAAAUGUUCUUCAUGGGUGCGUUGGUGAAAAAGAACUCUCUAAAGAAAAGUCCCGGGAACUAUUGCAGAGCGUUGAGCCUUACAUCUACGGUGGCACGCCUUUAUAUCAAUCGAUUGAGAAGACAAUAGAACUGUUUCAAGCUUCAAGGUUUUCCAGUCACAAAAAGCUGCUGUUCAUCUUGUCAGCCGGAGAACCCACAGAUGGAAAGACUACAUGUGCUGAUGGUGCAGGAAUAGAUCGAGUAGUCUCUAAAUUGACCACAGCAGGUGUGACCGUAGUGAGCUGCUUUGUCUCUCACUCCACACAAAUUGAACCCAGACGACUGUUCAGCGAGAUGGCACCUGACUGGGAUCGGGGUGCAAAGUUCCUGUUUUCAUUGAGCUCAAAAGUGUCAACGCAAUCGCUACCACGCACAAUUUUUGUUAAACGUGGUUGGACCAUCGAUCACACCAACAAUGAAACACACUUGUUCUUGCAGUUAAAUCACCCAGACAACUUGCGAGAGAUCUGCGAGGUAGCUCGAAAUGUCGUUUGUUGUCAAGACGCGUUAUCUGACUUGCUUGCAUCCGUUGAAUUAGAUCUCUAUAUCAACCAAGAAGUAAAGGACCUAAGAGCCAGAAGACAAGAAGGGGAGACCUGUUGUGCAGAAGCAGCUGCUACAGUACUUUAUUUGUCCAUGAGAAGAAUUCUUGGACGCGAAGGCGGGUAUCCAAAUUUCCAUGAACUAAGAGAAGAAAUUGUCAAAGAAUUUGGUUGGGAAAAAUAUCCAAGCGGUGUCCCUACCAUCCAUGUGCUACAGAAAAUGUGCCCGAAGUAUCGCCUGAGGUGCGAGCGAGUCGACUACAAGGGAGCCAUGAAAGCAGUCUCUUCAAGUCGGCCAGUGGUGGCAACAUUUAGGCUCACUGAGAAGGAGUGGGAUAUUUUUGAAGAAUUCUAUGAAAGUAACCCAAAAGGCAUUUUGACGAAGAAGGAGAUCGAAAUAACAGCCCGUCGUCCCAAAACUCCUGACUUUGGCCAUGCAGUUGUGUUAACCAGUUUCGACAGUGAAUGUUUGCGACUGCUGAAUUCUUUUGGAGAAGACUGGGCAGACCUGGGAUUUUUCAGAGUGGAGAACGCAAAUGUUCUUGGAUUAAAAUUCAUCGACGUUUACUGGACAGAAGAUGAUUUGAAAGAGGAAGAAAUAAACUAUUUCAAGAAAUUUGGAUCCAUCAAUGCCGGGAUAUUAAUGGAGUUGUUGCCAAGUCUUGAGGGAGCUGAAUACAAGUGCCCCAAAUGCAGCAAGAGGUCGUUAGUCUUGGAGUUUACUGGAACUUUGUCACACGUAAAGUGUCCCAGAUGCGGCAAGGAGUUUUCCACAAAGAAUUCCCAGGAAGGGAACAUGUUGGCUCUUAACAUUCAUCUUACUUCUUUAAUCAGAUAA